CUUUUCCAUCUCCAUUGCUGAAACAAAAUUCUCAGCUUUGAUGGGUAUUCAUGAUGAUGAUGCAUGUAAUAUUGGCCUCGUUCUCCGUUUAGGCCUCUCAUCGACCGUGGAGUCACCGUCUAAGCCCGAUAGCAACCAAACUCCCAGCAAGAAUCCAUCGUUUCUCAAGUUCGAAGCAACGAACUUUGAUGAUGAACCCUCGCUGACGUUGGGGCUUUCUAGCAGCGGUGGCGGUGGUGACAGUUACCAAGUUACGACUGCUGCUACACAAAAGGUUGAUGUGAAACCUGCCGGUGAUUUGUAUCGUCAAGCUUCGAUUGUUAGUGCUGUUUCUUUGUUAUCAAGUGGUAAGGUGAAGAGGGAGAGAGAGGUUAGCAGCGAGGAAUUAAUGGAGGUAGAGAAGAAUAAUAAUAAUUCCUCUAGACUCAGUGAUGAAGAUGAAGAAGGCGUUAAUGGAAGAAAGAAACUUCGGCUCUCCAAACAACAAUCUGCUCUUCUCGAGGAAAGCUUCAAACAACACAGCACUCUCAGUCCCAAACAAAAGCAAGCUUUAGCAAGGCAAUUGAACUUGAAGACUAGACAGGUCGAAGUAUGGUUCCAGAACAGAAGAGCAAGAACGAAGCUGAAGCAAACUGAGGUGGACUGUGAGUUGUUGAAAAAGUGUUGCGAGACACUGACGGAUGAAAACAGGAGACUGCAAAAAGAGAUUCAAGAACUCAAGGCACUCAAACUGACUCAACCGUUUUACAUGCACAUGCAAGCGGCCACACUCACCAUGUGCCCGUCUUGUGAGAUAACCACCGGCGUCGGCGAUGCCAAUGGCAAUUCCAACAACCCUUUUUUGAUGGCUUCCAAGCCUCACCAUUUCCAUAACAAUAAUCCCUUAAGCAAUCCUUCUGCGGCUUGUUGAUUAAGUUUUUCAGAAACUAAUUCGUAUCAAAAGAACAGAAAGAAAAUAGAUCCCAACAAGCCAUCAACCCCUUUAUUAUCUGGUUGAGGGCUUCUAGUGAAUUAAAACUAGUUUAGUUAUUUCAUUAAUUACUUUGUAGAAACAAAUCAUCUUUUUUUUACCCCAAAUACA